AUGUUCUGCCACACAGAGAUGGUCAGCAGUCAGCCUCUCCCCAUAGCAGACAGUGGGAAAAGGAAAAAGAAAAAAAGAACCAGAGCCACAGAUCAUGUCCCUGGGAAGUUUGAAGACUUGUACAAGCUGACUGCUGAGCUUCUUGGUGAGGGAGCAUAUGCCAAAGUUCAGGGUGCUGUCAGCCUCCAAACUGGGAAAGAAUAUGCAGUAAAAAUCAUUGAAAAAAAUACUGGGCAUAGUCGGAGUCGGGUUUUUCGUGAAGUAGAAACGUUGUACCAGUGUCAGGGUAACAAGAACAUUUUGGAGUUAAUAGAAUUUUUUGAAGAUGACACAAGAUACUACCUUGUCUUUGAGAAGCUGCGGGGAGGUUCAAUCCUGGCCCAUAUACAAAAGCGAAAGAACUUCAAUGAACGAGAAGCUAGCAAAGUGGUGAGAGAUAUUGCCUCUGCUCUGGAUUUCCUUCAUACGAAAGGUAUUGCUCACAGGGACCUGAAGCCUGAAAACAUCUUGUGCGAAUCUCCAGAAAAGGUAUCACCAGUAAAAAUAUGUGAUUUUGAUCUUGGUAGUGGGGUGAAGCUGAACAGUGCGUGUACUCCAAUAACUACUCCUGAAUUGACAACACCGUGUGGCUCUGCAGAAUACAUGGCACCCGAAGUGGUUGAAGUCUUCACGGAGGAGGCCACGUUUUAUGAUAAGCGGUGUGAUCUUUGGAGCCUGGGAGUCAUUCUGUACAUCAUGCUCAGUGGUUACCCCCCUUUCGUGGGCAACUGUGGCACGGACUGUGGCUGGGACAGAGGAGAAGUCUGCAGAGUUUGCCAGAACAAGCUUUUUGAGAGUAUUCAGGAAGGCAAGUAUGAGUUUCCUGACAAGGACUGGUCACAUAUAUCCUCUGAGGCCAAAGAUCUCAUCUCAAAGCUGCUGGUUCGCGAUGCCAAAGAACGACUUAGUGCUGCUCAAGUUUUGCAACAUUCAUGGGUUCAAGGACAGGCUCCUGAAAGAGGAUUACCUACCCCUCAAGUUCUUCAAAGGAACAGUAGCACAAAAGACCUGACACUUUUUGCUGCUGAGGCUAUAGCCCUUAACCGCCAGUUGUCUCAGCACGAGAAUGAACUCAGUGCGGAGCAGGAGAACGUUGCCCAUGCUGUGUGCUCCAUGAAGCUUUCUCCUCCGUCCAAGUCCCGCCUCGCCAAGCGCAGAGCAAUGACGCACGCCACCAAAAACAGUGACUUCCAGCCAGUUACCCAAAAAGCCUUUUAA